GCGUGUGUGUGCGCGCUUAGCUUCCAAGUGGUGUUCAAUAAAUUGAAACUUUUAGUUGCGUUGUUGUCACCGCUCGUAGCAGUUCACUAGCGAUUCACUCGAACAGUUGCCUAUUGCAGCGGUUGCUUAGCGUUGUUUGUCUCCUCUUGCUGCAGUGCCAUUGAACUGUUUGUUGUAAAUUGAAAGUUCAUAUGUAAAUGUGUUGUUGCAUUCAAAAAAUAUUAACACAAAUAGAUAAGUUGAAUUAAAAGUGGACCCGCGACUGCAUUGACAUUUAAAAAAUCAGCAUAAAUUGGCAUUAAUUGAGGCGCGCAAGAGACAACGCUGCGAAAUUGAGUGUGUUUCUACAAAAGUUAUAUUCAAAAGGAUUUUCAUAACGAGUCGGUUAUAAAGCGUAAUUGUGAGGCAUAAUGUUGUCGAAAAGUGCAUUUGUCCAAACGGCGCGCUUAAUGUGCCAAGGCCUUCAACAACGUACCACCACAACACUGCAUUCGAAGGCCUCACCAGCUGUAAUGCCGGAAAUACAAAGUGAAAUACCCGAAUGUGACUAUCAACCUCAACCAUAUACGGGACCAAGUUACGAGAAAAUACUGGAGAUACGACAGAAGCAUAUUACACCGAACAUUGUGCCGCAUUUCAAGAAACCACUUCUGAUACACAACGGACAUAUGCAGUGGCUGUUCGACCAUGAGGGGCGACGUUAUUUGGAUAUGUUCGGCGGUAUUGUGACAGUGUCAGUGGGCCACUGUCAUCCCAAAGUGAAUCGCGCGCUAGAGCAGCAGAUCAACACACUCUGGCAUACAACAAACAUUUACUUUCAUCCUAAAAUACAUGAAUACGCCGAACGUUUGGCGGCCAAAAUGCCUGGCGAACUUAAGGCGGUGUGCUUUGUCAACUCCGGCUCGGAGGCUAACGAUCUCGCCAUGCUGAUGGCGCGCAUGCACACAGGCAAUCAGGAUAUUAUCACUUUCCGCAAUGCCUAUCACGGCAUGUCGCCGUACACCAUGGGUCUGACGGCGCUCUCGACAUGGCGCUUCCCGUUACCCGGCGUUAAUAACGGCAUACAGCAUGUUAUGAACCCAGAUCCGUAUUUGGGUCUUUGGGGCGGCGCAGCUUGUCGCGAUUCACCCAUACAAACGGAUCGCAAAUGCGACUGCACGCCGGAGACCGGCUGCUUGGCUGGCGCGCGCUACUAUGAACAAUUAGAAGAAGUUUUCAAGUACUCACUGCCGCGUGGACGUGUCGCCGGUAUGUUCGCCGAAUCCAUACAAGGCGUCGGCGGCACGGUGCAAUAUCCGAAAGGUUAUAUUAAAAAGGCGGCUGAAUUGGUGCGCGCCAAUGGUGGUGUGUUCAUCGCCGAUGAGGUACAAACCGGUUUUGGACGCACUGGCGAUCACUUCUGGGGAUUUGAGAGUCACGACUUCAUACCGGACAUUGUCACAAUGGCGAAGGGCAUCGGUAAUGGCUUUCCACUAGCCGCUGUGGUGACUACACCCAAAAUUGCCGCAUCGCUUGGACAAGCGCUGCAUUUCAAUACCUACGGUGGCAAUCCCAUGGCCAGUGCUGUCGGUCUAGCUGUGCUGGAUGUUAUCGAGGAAGAGAAACUACAGAAAAACUCUUUGGCAGUGGGUACGUACUUCCUCAAGUGCUUGGCCGAGUUGCGUGAACGUUUCGAGAUUAUCGGCGAUGUGCGCGGCAAGGGUUUGAUGAUAGGCGUUGAGUUGGUAUCGGAUCGCGCUACAAGGGCGCCACUUAGCGCGCCGCAUGUAUUGGAAAUUUGGGAGACCUGCAAGGAUAUGGGUGUGCUCUUCGGACGUGGCGGUCUAAAUGGCAAUGUUUUCCGCAUUAAACCACCCAUGUGCAUUACGAACACGGAUGUUAAAUUCGCUGUGGACACUUUAGCAAACGCUAUAACCGAGGUUUCGAACAAAAAGCUAUAGAGGCGGCUCGAAUGCUUAAAGGAACUGCAUUUACUUAAAAGCAAUAAUUGUCUUUUGUCCUAUUUUUUUUGUCUAGUAGUUAGUGAAGACUUUAUUUUCUUGCAUACGCAUACGCUUAAAAUAGUCGUCAUGUUCCUAGGGGUCAUGUUCCCUACACUGCUUUUUAUUACCUCUUACAUGUAAACUUUGCGGUUGUUUGUUGUUGGCCAAGAGGUCGACAUUUUGAGUUCUAAAUAAGCUUUAUAUGUGUAGAUUACUUUAAGUUGGCAACUCCAAAGACUAGAUAUUGUUUUUUACAAUUUUUUUUUAAGUGAAAUAUUCUUGUUUUUGUAAUGCAUUUAUAAUUUGUUUACAUAUUUUAUGUAGUUAAUCGGCAUUUUGAGGGGAUAUUCCAGUCUAGAGGCAUGAAUUUCAGCUAGUUUUGUGGUAAAAAAGGCAAUUCAUAUUUUUAAAAUCCAUUUUUUUAUUAGUAUUUGUUAACAUUACAAGAAGGUGGGAGAAAAUCAAAAUACAAAAAAGUAAAAACUUUCAAAAUGUAUAAAAAUUUCAAAAUUUUCAAAAAAAAAAAACAAAGUUUUCAAAUCUUUAAAAAAUUUACGAAAUUUUCAAAAAUUUUCAAAAUUUUCAAAAAAAUUUCA